GAAGUUCACCGAUACCAAGGUAUAUACUCACCUGUCCCUCUACAUAGAUGAAGGAGAAUGUGUCAACUAUAUACAAACCAAUCUGUAUACUAAUCACACUUUCUAAUGUCAGACAGUGAGAACAUUGUUAACAUGCCUGAGGCACUGCCUCGGUGGGCCAGGACAAGCCUGGGAGCAGGGGCUGGCUGUGCGCUGCUGAUGUCCAUGUACCUCAUGUUCAGCACGCGCAAGAAGAAGUCCAGGACUAAUAUAGUUGUCUUCAGUCGUUAUCCAACACCUGGUGCCACCAAGACAAGACUGGUGUCGGAACUGGGGCCAGGUGGGGCAGCGAGAGCUCAGCGAUAUAUGAGCGAGCACCUCUUUAGUGAACUGACAAAGUUCCAAUCAAAUGGUGACUCCCCAGCGCCCCAUGUGACGGUCUCUUACAGCGGAGCCACGGAGCCUCAGAUGGACCGAUGGCUGCAGCGGAGAUUUGCCAAGAUGGAUGUCUCAUGGUCUCCCCAAAUGCCGGGUCUGUGUCUUGGCGAGAAGCUGGCAUACGCUUUCCGUGAGAGCUUCUCACAGAACCACACUUACACCAUUGUUAUUGGGAGUGACAUCCCAGGAAUCACCACCGACAUCCUGAAAGAAGCCAUGACACUACUGCAUUCUCCCAGCACAGACGUCGUUCUGGGCAAGGCAGAAGAUGGGGGAUACUAUCUCAUAGGAAUGCAAGACAGCUGCAAGGGACUUGUUGAUGAAUUGUUCAAGGGAAUCAAAUGGGGCAGUGAGGAAGUGUUUCAGCAGCAGGCGGUAGCAUGCCGUCGUCUCAACCUGAAGGUACACCUGCUCCCAACAGUCCUCAAUGAUGUGGAUUAUCCUGAAGAUUUACCAGUUCUGGAGGCCAAAGUUGGAGUGCCACGCUCGGAGCUGAAACAUCCACACUGGAGCGUCAUCAUCCCAACAUAUAACGAGGCUGAUAACAUUGCUCGCACUCUCCGGGAUUUGCUGAGGAGGGUAAGCUCUACGGACAAUAUCGCGGAAAUUGUUGUGUCAGAUGGAGGAAGUUCAGAUGACACAGUUCAGAUCUGUCAGGAGUUUGCAAGGUCAUCCCCUGUAAAGGUCAAGGUUGUUUCAAGUAAACCUGGACGGGGGAUACAGCAGCAAACCGGGGUAAUGGCAUCGACCGGCUCCCUGCUCCUGUUCCUGCAUGCCGACACCCUGCUGCCCCAGGACUUUGAUGUCCUCAGCUGUGAGGCCCUGGCCACACCAGGGAAUGUGGCCUCUGCAUUCAACCUAGACUUUGAUGGUUUACACCCUGAAUACAGAAAAUCCCUUGGCUUGCCUGUGCCUGGCUGGCUGACAUGUUGCGGGCUCAAGAUUGUACGGCCAUUUGCAAACACUUUCUGCAACAUGACUGAGGAUCCGCAUGGCGACCAGGCCUUGAUGAUGACAAGGAAAAUGUAUGAUCGUGUCGGAGGAUUUGACCCUGUUCUGUUAAUGGAGGACUACAUGCUUGUAAGGAAGCUACACAAGAUGGGUCAUGUUGUAACGUUGCCACAGUCCGUCAUCACAUCAUCACGCAGAUUUGAAACCAAGGGUGUCUUUAAGACUACGUUUAUAAACAGAUCAGUGAUCAUGCUGUACAACCUGGGUGUGGACCCAGACACUCUGGCACAGCUAUAUUAUGGGAAGAAGUUGAAGAAGGAGUGAUGGAAACUGCCAGUACUAGUCAUUUGUUAUAGGAGUAGGUGGGUUGGAUGGAGUCGAGGGAAGAUGGGUGGGUUGGAGAGAGUGAAGGUGGUAUGGGUGGGUCGGAGAGAGUGAAGGUAGUCUUGGGUGGGGCAGAGAGAGUUGAGUGAAGAUGGGUGGGCCGGAGAGAGUCGAUGGUGGAUGGGUGGGUCGGGGCGAGUUGAGGUAGGAUGGGUGGGUCAGAGAGAGUUGACAGAAGAUUGGUGGCCUAGAGAGAGUUUAGGGAGGAUGAGUCGGUCAGAGAGAGUCAAUGGAGGAUGGAUGGGUCGGAGAGAGUUUAGGUAGAAUGGGUGGGUUGGAGGGAGUUGAGGUAGGAUGGAUGGCAUGGAGAGAGUCAGGGGAGAAUGGGUGGGUCGGAGAGAGUCGAGGGUGGAUGGAUGGGUCAGAGAGAGUCGAGGGUGGAUUGAUGGGCCAGAAUGAAUUGAGGGAGGGUUGGUGUGUUUGGAGAGAGUCAAUGGAAGAUAGAUUGGUAUAAAAAAGUCCAGAGAGGAUGGGUGGGUCAUGAAUGUUGCACAAUUGUGUGAUGGGUCUUGAAAAAGAGAUUCACUUUGUAAUUUGUAUGAAAAUAUACCUAUUCUGAAAUUCAUGAGGGUCAUGAAAAAACUGAAAAGAAAUCUGGAUGGAGGCUUAGAGGAUGGCAGAAAAAACUGAGAAGUGUCAUAUUUUUGAUACACUCUUUGAAAAAACCCCAUCUGCACCCAAUAUUCUCACUCCCUUUACACUGUCCCACCCAGUUACUGUGUAUAUAGUUCUCACAGGCAGUGGAGUGUAUCAGGAACACAUAGCAAAUUUGGUGUUGUAAAUAUCAUGCAUUACUUCCAAAUAUGAUCUCUUUCAGGGACAUGUGUUGGACUCAGAACUACAGCCAUUCUUUGAGGCAGGUUGUCUAGUCUUUGUCAUUCACACUGUGAUGUCAUAGCUGAAAUGAUGUCAUUUGCACUGAGAUGUCAUUACUGAGAUGAUGUCAAUUGCACUGUGAUGUCAUAGCUGAGAUUAUGUCAUUUGCAUUGUGAUGUCAUUACUGAGAUGAUGUUAUUUGCACUGUGAUGUCAUUACUGAGAUGAUGUUAUUUUCACUGUGAUGUCAUUACUGAGAUGAUGUCAUUUGCACUGUGAUGUCAUCAGAUAAAUGCCAUGUUUUCUGCUUUAAAUUGUGUCACCCUUAGUCAUUCUUUGACUCAGUGUUAUGCACUUAAGGUAAGGGGUUGGGAUAUUUGAGCUAACACUUCAAUUUUAGGGUUAGGAUAGUGAUAUGUAUGCAAACACUUUUGUUGUAAGCUUAGGGAUGGAAUAUUGUUAUUUCAAGGUUAGGGGUGGGAUAUUAAUGCAAACACUUUUAUUGUAAAACAAAGGUCGGGGAUAUUUUCCUUAUUCGCCUUAUGAAGCACUCCAAUUUCUAGACCAUUCUGUAAGAAAUCUUUAUAAGCACCCAGUACUGAGCCGAAAGUGUAUGUGACCAUCAGUAUUUUCCUGUAUAUAUUUUAGAUUUAUUUCAGAAAACACAGCAGUGUAGAAGGGAUAUAUAUUUACCCAGGAACUAUUAUCAGAAAAGUUUUAAUUUUGAUCUAAGUUUAUUCGCUACUUGUUGAUAUCUGAAAACAAAUUUAACUCUUUGUGUUUGGUUUUAAUGAGCAUCACACUUUGUUGAUUUGUAAGUUCCUGGGGUGCUUAUUACAGCAAAUACGGUAUGGGAAAUCUAAGUUCUUCAAUGAUCAUCAAGUUUGUGGUCAUUUCGAGAUGUUUCAGCAAAUGCACCUACAAACAAAAAUAUUCUCUUCCAAGGCAAGUAAACAUUUAUUUACUUUUUCUUUAGAAGGAAUGUAAUGUGAUGUGAUGUUAUGCUAUCACAUCUGAUGAAGGUAACAGAAACAGACAUAAAAUAUUCAGAAAAGCAUUCCUUAAUUAUUACCUGAAUAGCUUCUUCCCAUAUGACAGUGUGGUAAUGUCAGUGGCUUGACAUUUAGAAGGUUCACAAUUUGUAUCCCAAACAGAAAACUGUCACUUUCACCAGGGUGUAUCACUUGACUUCGAUUUCAGUUCAUAUGCAGUUGUGUAUAAUCAUUUAUUAGAAUGACAAGAUGAGAAUGUGUAGGUGUAAACCCUGCUGUUGUUAGUGAAAGUGUAGAGGUCAAUACACAUACAGUUGAUAGUGAAAGUGUAAAGGUCAAUACAUCUACAGUUGAUAGUGAAAGUGUAGAGGUCAAUACACCUACAGUUGAUAGUGAAAGUGUAGAGGUCAAUACACA